GCCCGGAGGUGGGACGGGGCCGGCACCGGCAGCACAGGAAAGCUCCGCGGCUCCGCGACACUGCCCCGCUGCCCCGGCCAUGGGGAAGGGGCUGGAGGGGACAGCAGCCCGCUGCGGGCUGGGACUGGGAUACCUGCUGCAGACGGUGGUGCUCCCCGCCCUGGCCGUCCUGGGGGCCAGCCGCCCCGGCUCCGCGGCGCAAGAUGAUGACUUUUUCCAUGAGCUUCCAGAAACUUUUCCAUCUGAUCCUCCAGAGCCAUUGCCCCACUUCCUCAUUGAACCCGAAGAGGCUUACAUUGUGAAGAACAAGCCUGUGAAUCUGUACUGCAAAGCAAGCCCAGCCACACAAAUCUAUUUUAAGUGCAACAGCGAGUGGGUUCAUCAGAAGGACCAUGUGGUGGACGAGAGAGUAGAUGAAACCUCUGGUCUGAUUGUCCGGGAGGUCAGCAUCGAGAUUUCCCGGCAGCAAGUGGAGGAGCUCUUUGGGCCAGAGGAUUACUGGUGCCAGUGCGUUGCCUGGAGCUCCGCAGGCACCACCAAGAGCCGCAAAGCCUACGUCCGCAUUGCAUAUCUCCGGAAAACUUUCGAGCAGGAACCCUUAGGGAAAGAAGUGUCCCUGGAGCAAGAGGUCCUGCUCCAAUGCCGUCCCCCUGAAGGCAUCCCAGUAGCUGAGGUGGAGUGGCUGAAGAAUGAAGAGGUGAUUGACCCCGUGGAAGACCGAAACUUUUACAUCACCAUUGAUCACAACCUGAUCAUCAAGCAAGCCCGGCUUUCUGACACCGCCAAUUACACCUGUGUUGCAAAAAACAUUGUGGCCAAAAGGAAAAGCACCACAGCGACUGUCAUAGUCUAUGUGAACGGAGGCUGGUCCACCUGGACAGAGUGGUCCGUGUGUAACAGCCGCUGUGGGAGAGGCUUCCAGAAGCGCACCAGGACCUGCACCAACCCUGCCCCACUCAACGGCGGCGCCUUCUGCGAGGGCCAGAGCGUCCAGAAAAUAGCUUGCACCACUCUGUGUCCAGUGGAUGGCAAGUGGACACCCUGGAGCAAGUGGUCCACCUGUGGCACGGAGUGCACCCACUGGCGCCGCAGAGAGUGCACGGCCCCAGCUCCCAAGAACGGGGGGAAGGACUGUGAGGGGCUGGUGCUGCAGUCCAAGAACUGCACGGAUGGGCUCUGCAUGCAGGGUUUCAUUUAUCCUAUUUCAACUGAACAGAGAACCCAGAAUGAAUAUGGAUUUUCUUCUGCUCCUGAUUCAGAUGAUGUUGCGCUCUACGUGGGGAUCGUCAUCGCCGUGAUCGUGUGCCUGGCCAUUUCUGUGGUCGUGGCCCUGUUUGUCUACCGCAAGAACCACCGGGACUUUGAGUCAGAUAUUAUUGACUCCUCAGCACUGAACGGGGGAUUUCAGCCUGUCAACAUCAAGGCUGCAAGGCAAGACCUCCUGGCAGUGCCACCAGACCUCACUUCUGCUGCAGCCAUGUACAGGGGUCCUGUGUACGCCUUGCAUGAUGUCUCUGAUAAAAUCCCAAUGACCAACUCUCCAAUUCUGGACCCCCUCCCCAACUUGAAGAUCAAGGUUUAUAACACCCCCGGUGCAGUCACUCCCCAGGAUGACCUCUCUGACUUCUCCUCCAAGCUGUCCCCACAGAUGACACAGUCUCUGCUGGAAAAUGAGACCCUGAACAUGAAGAACCAGAGUCUUGCCCGGCAAACUGACCCAUCAUGCACCGCCUUUGGGACAUUCAACUCCUUAGGAGGCCACCUAGUAAUUCCCAAUUCAGGAGUAAGUUUGCUGAUCCCAGCGGGAGCUGUUCCACAAGGGAGAGUCUAUGAAAUGUAUCUGACAGUUCACAGGAAGGAGAACAUGAGGCCACCUGUGGAAGACAGCCAAACCCUGCUGACACCCGUGGUGAGCUGUGGCCCACCAGGAGCCCUGCUAACCCGGCCCGUCAUUUUAACCAUGCACCACUGCGCAGAGCCAAACACAGAGGACUGGCAGAUCCAGCUGAAGCACCAGGCUGCCCAGGGACCAUGGGAGGAUGUGGUGGUGGUUGGAGAGGAAAACUUCACCACCCCGUGCUAUAUCCAGCUGGACCCAGAGGCCUGCCAUAUCCUGACAGAAACCCUCAGCACCUAUGCCUUGGUGGGACAGUCAAUCAGCAAGGCAGCAGCCAAACGUCUCAAACUGGCCAUCUUUGGACCCCUGUCCUGCUCUUCCUUGGAGUACAGCAUCCGGGUCUACUGCCUCGAUGACACGCAGGAUGCUCUUAAGGAGGUCCUCCAGCUUGAGCAGCAGAUGGGUGGGCAGCUUUUGGAAGAGCCUAAAACUUUGCAUUUCAAGGGAAGCACCCACAACCUUCGUCUGUCCAUUCAUGACCUCGCCCAUUCUCUCUGGAAGAGCAAGCUGCUGGCUAAAUACCAGGAGAUUCCCUUUUACCACAUCUGGAGUGGCUGUCAGAGGAACCUGCACUGCACCUUCACACUGGAAAGGUUCAGUCUGAGUACCCAGGAGCUGGUGUGCAAACUGUGUGUGCGGCAGGUUGAAGGAGAAGGACAGAUCUUCCAGCUUAACUGCUCUGUCUCAGAGGAACCUACUGGCGUUAAUUAUCCUCCCAUGGACUCAGCAGGCACCAUCACCACCAUCGUGGGGCCCAGCGCUUUCAGCAUCCCCCACCCGAUAAGGCAGAAGCUGUGCAGCAGCCUGGAUGCGCCCCAGACCAGAGGCCACGACUGGCGCAUGCUGGCCCACAAGCUGAAACUGGACAGGUACUUAAAUUAUUUUGCUACGAAAUCAAGUCCCACUGGGGUGAUCCUGGAUCUCUGGGAAGCCCAGAAUUUCCCUGAUGGCAACCUGAGCAUGCUGGCAGCAGUUCUUGAAGAAAUGGGAAGACAUGAAACGGUUGUUUCUUUGGCAGCAGAAGGAAAUUACUAAUGCAGCCUUGGCAUGACCAGGAAGGACAGACACAGGGAGCGGUAAUGCCCUGUUAUUGCAAACGAGAAUUGAAAUGAAAACCCAGACCAAUGAGUUACACAAGAGACGUUUCAGAGAAGAAAGCAAGAAAACAAACAAAAAAACCAGCCCUGACCUUCACACGUGCUCUCCUUGUACAUUAUCACAGGAUCAGAAAGAGAUCAUGCAAAGUUGUACCUUGAAAAUAUAAAUCAACGUAAUGUUCCUCUCGGCUUGGCUGUACACUGCUUGGUACAGGUUUUUACAGUUUCCUAGGAAACGCUUUUUAUUGCUAUCCAGAUAUAUGGAUAAACUUUCUUAACAAUCCCAAUUUCUAUGGAUGUUGUUUACAUCAAAUUCUGGACAGGGGUAAGGAAACUGUCCAUGGCUCUUUAUAUUUUUUGUUUAAAGCCAUUGUAGACAAGACUAUGGACAGUUGGUUGUGGCUAUUUCAGCUUAUUGGUUUCUGGUGAAUUCAGAAUUUGGCUACAAUUCUGCACAUUAGUUGUCUCACAAUGAUCCUCCUGUCAUUGUUCUGUUUCCUAGACCUACUUGUAAAAAAAAAAAACAAACCAAGAAAAUCAGGGUGUGCAUCUGGAAAGCAGGUACUCUGGCUGAUUAGCAGGAACACACAAAAUGUUCCCUUUCUUCCCCAAGACAGUCCCACUGAGCCUGUGUGGAGAACAGCUCUAAGACUGUGGGGAAUGAAGGAUCUGAAUUAAUUUUCAAUUCACACCCUUUCCACCCCUUUGCUAUAUGAGGGGCCAGAUAUGCAAUUCAGAGUGGUUAGAGAGGAGGGGGAGAAACCCAGAAAAAAAUAAAAAAAAGAAGUUGCUAUGAUAGUUAUUUACUGAUUAGUAUUUAGUGCAAGGAUUAUAAUGACUAUUAUUAUUGCCAUAUUACUUUAUUUCUAAUAUUGUCAGCAGCAAAAUGAAUAAUUUCUGGUUUUAUGGAACCUUUUGUCCCCUUCCUGAAGGUCUUUUAAGACAUGUCCCUCUCUAUGCUGUCUGUCCUUCCAUUUGUCAUCGUACUUCUCCUCCAAAGUCCUCUGCUGGCCUUCUGAGGCUGCUCACAUUGUAUUAGCAUUGCUGUGCUCCAUGCCCAGUGCUAAGGCAGCGUAAUUUGGUAAUCUGCUGGUCUUCACCCACCAAGUGUCUGACCCUGGCACCACCACCCUAGUGCAUCCAGGUUGCUCCAAGGAGCAGUCCUGUCCUGAGGUGGCUGUGAACCAGAGAUGGUGCAACCAUGUGGAGGCAGUGACAUCCUCCACCUGAUUUAUGCAUUCAAGGUGGGCCUCCAUAAAUUUUGCUUUGUUUUGUAGCAUUCUAAGGGCCAGCAGUUCCCAAUAGAGCUGCAGGUCUCACUGAAACCCACCAGCUCCAGCUGUGCCAGGCUGCUGACAGCCCAGCCCCUCUGCUGGUCUGGGGUCACUUCUGUGUGAGAUGCACUUGGCAGAUCUCCAUGGAUAUUCCAGGCACUGCUGCAACCAGGGAAGCCUGUGUUCUGUGGGCCAGUGCAGGGCAGUGGAGUGGUGAAGCUGAAAUCCUGUGUGCUGCAGUUUGCUGCCUUUGCUGCUCCUGCCACCACCACUGCCUGGGCAAGGCGGUGCAGUCCUUGAUGACUGGCCAGGGAACACUUGUCCCUCUACAACCCUCACAAAACAAGUGAGGUGGGAACUUUGCAAAAGGAGUAAACCAAAAAUGGUUGUCACUGCAAAUGUAUUUUGUUUGGGCUUUGACAGCACAUAAGAUUGCAAUACUUUUACUACCUGACUGAGCUGUCAUUUAUGUCUGGCACAGAAAGGCUUUUCUGUCCCAACCUGUCCACUCCAGGUUUUCAGCCAGGCCCUGGUUAUUGCUGUUGUGCACACAUGCAUGCCCCUGCCCACAUAUGCAUUACCAUUCCAAAUGCUUCCCGAGACUGCUUGUUCUCUUUUGUGGUUUUAGUUUUGCUUUCCCCAGGGCUUUCCAGAUUGCACCUUUGAAGGUAACUGAAAAUGUCAUCAGUCAAAAUGAAAAGAAAAUUUAAUCUGACCUCUUUUUCCAUUUGACAUUUCCAUAGCUUUGUAACUUUUUGCUUAUAAUUCCCUGACCAGUGAGUUAGGUUUUGAUUGACCACCAGACAGCCAGCACAAAAAGUUCACUUCCUUGUAAGAGGUAACCAGGCAGUUUGCAAACCAGCAUUUCAGUCAAAACUGGAGACCAGAGGGCAUGCACUGUAAUUUUCAACAUCUGUGUGCAUUUUGCUUGUGUAAGCCCCACCUGCUCUUAAUGUGGAGAUGCCAUGGGCAUCCUCUCAAUGAACAACAAUCUUUUUCACCUGGGGCAUCUGGUGCAGCCUACUGCAAUGCUAAUUGAAAUUUUGCUUUCAACUUCUGAAAAGUUGGACUGGGACUUUCAGCUCUGCCCUUUCCCCACACCUUUUACUUACCUCAGAGUGCUAAAAUGGCUCUUAAAGGUAGGUCUCAGAUUUUCUCCUUCCCAUGCCAUCUUUAGUUGCAAUCAGUUGUGUUUUAAUUUGUGCUUCUUCACCUUUCCCAUGUGUCCCUCCUUGACUUCUCUCCCAAGGCAAGUACAGGAGCUGAACUGUCCUUAAACCCUUUGGCCUUUUCAGCUCAGUCUGUGUUGGUUGAUCCCCAGGCUAAGUGUAGCUCCCCAGCUCUCAGUUUUUUCUGGGUGGGCAGCAUGUGCACCCUUCUCACCAGGAUCAGGGCCACAGAGUCUCCUAUUGAUCUGUGUGCUAUGAGUUGAUGCUCCUUUGGCUGUCUGACCUGCGUUCUGAUGCCUUCUGCAAGAGAAACUACUUGCAGAUGAACAGCUUUUUCACAGUGUUUUGGGGCAUUUUCCUUUCACAACAUCACAGUAAAGAGGAUUUAUUGUGAGGAAAAAUGCACACUCUGAUUAAGAGGAGCAUCCACAGAGGUGGCUGAAGGUCAAGAAUGUAACCCUUCAUCACUGAACAUGACUUGGGCAGCAGCAUGACUGCCACUGGGGGAUGAAGCUGCUGUUCUUCCACCCUGACUGCUCAGAAACCACCCGCAAUCCCCUGCUGCAAUCACGGGCUGGGUGAUUUUCCCAGCACGAGCUCCACAGGCCUUUGCAGGCUCCCAGCACAGCCCUCGGGCUGCCCCAGCCCUGACAGGGCAGGGAGAACCAGGGGAAGGCUCCUCCUCAGAGCCACAGCUCAUCCCAGCAGCUCUGCACCCAUUCUUUGCCACUGCUGCUAACAGCAGCUCCCACCUCACCUCACACUUCCCUGCAUUAAUUUUGCUCUGUUUUUCCUUUCUUUCUGGCGGAGUGGCAGUGGCAGGGCACUGUGCCACUGGCUGGUGGCAUUCACAGCACCAUCCCCAUCCUCUGCCCCAAGGAGAGCAGGCAGGGAGAAAGGGCAGCCAGCUGGGUUGAGGAUAUUAUUUUUUGGUGGGAGAAACCCCAGCAGCAGUUCCUGUGCCUGGAUUGCAUGGACACAGUGCCAUCUCGUGGGGCUGAGCCCCAGCUCCACCACGUCGCUGCCGCCACAGCAGCGUCGCACGGGGAAAAGCUUCCCGUGGGGUGGCUCUGACAAAGGAGUUUGGCAGGCAGAGCUGACUCUUAAAAGUUGUAAGAUUUUAUGUCAGGUGAGCAUAUCUGCUUUAAGAGAAAAAAAACAAUCAAACGAAAAAAAGGCUGCAGGCUUCUCAUCCUCCAGUUAUUACUAUUUUUUUAAAUGCUCUUCCUUUUAGUUGUUCACCUUUGGCUCUGUACUGGAGCAGUUUUGCUGCUCUUCACACCAUCUCUUCAUUACAUGUUGAUUGCUAGUGCUAUAAAUAGUAUAUAUACUAUAUAAAUAUAUAUAAAAUAUCUACUGACUUCAAGGAAAACCUUUAAGUUCCCAGUAAGAAACAUUUAUCAGAGGCAAUCCUUUUCACCUUUUAUUUUUUCUUCAGUUCUUCUUGUGUUGUGUCCUUGUAAAGGUAACUGUCAGUGUAUAGGGUAAGUCUGGGGUUUGGUUGGGGCUUUUUUUUUUCAAAAUUUAUGAUCACAACUGCUCCACUGUGUCUUGCUAAACAGUACAAAACCUAAGUGCUGUUUCAGUGGAUCUUGAAAAUUUUGCAGCAGUGAAGGUGUCUCCAGUCAAGAUUUGCUUUAUUGGGAGACCAAGACUUUUUUCUGUCUUGCUGGCAGAAAUGCAGACACUCAUGAGACAUGUUGGAGUCUGCAAUACCCACAGAGCCAAACAUGUCUAUUCCUUGGGUUUCCUGCUAUUUCAGUUGCUUACAUAUAGAAUAAAUGUAUUUACAUGCUGUAAGCCUGUCAUUGUGGACAGUGUCCUAAUGUCUUGUAUUGCUACCUACAAUACUUUCUUUUCAGUUCUCCUUUUCCUCUUCUUUUGGGGGCAGGGGUUGUGGGGAAGGGAGGGGUGGGUGGGCCCUUAGACCCUUGUAUGCUCUACCAAGUAGUUACCACAGCUCUGAGGUUAAUUUUAAACACAAUUUUGUUGAGGUUGGCUUGGGUUUUUUAAUCUUGUUUCCAGGGCACUUUGUAAACAAAUCUUACUGAGUGUUCAGAAGUCUUUUCAGGACUCAGAGGAUCUCUGACUCUCACCUGGCCAUGAAGUAACUCAGUUGUUGCAGGCUGGCUUGGUCAGUAUCAGGUGGUGCAAAGGCACGAGUGGUCUGUGAAUGGAAACCAAACCUUUGGCCCUUCUCCCACAAGGACUCUAAUGAGUUACUGACUUUGGGGUCACCACUGCAAUCCAUUCCUAGCUUGUGUGUGAAUCCUUGAGUCCAUAAAUGAGCUGCACUGCAGAUUUUUAAAUGCUAAAACACAUAUCUCAGACAUCCUUUGAAGAGGAACAGAUAGGCAAAGUAAGUGUGUGUGUGUAGAUAGAGACAACAAGGAGGAAACAAAUGACAAUACCUACUGGAGACUUUUAACUCUCAUGUUGGGUAUGGGCAUCCUCUUAUUUUACCAACUUUUUAAUGGGAAAGUAAAGGUCAAAAUUCAAUGCUGUACCAUCACUGCAAGGUCAAAUAAGUAGUAGUCAAAAGCCAACAGAGUAAUAACUGGCAUGUAACUAGAACUGGACUUGAACUAAAGCCACAAGUUUGGUAGGUCAGGCUCCUUGAAGAGGAGCACUUAGUUUCUUUACUUAUUUGUCCUUUAAACUUGAUCCCUGCUCCCUGAAAUCUGAAAAUCCCUCAUCUGAAAGUCCUUUUAUAAACUGUCUGUACAAAAAAAGCAACAUUAAUCCAGAGUUCCCACAAACUUCUAUCCCAAAUAGGUGUUUCAUGUUUUCUAUGGUGCUGGUUAAAUGUAUUUAUUAGUGGUUCAGUCUCCUUGACUGCUGACAAAGAGAUUAAUCGCUAUGUGUGCUGCGUCCUGGGCCUACCCUCUGCUCCCAAAGCAUCCCAUGUCAUGGCAGGUGAUAGCUUCAGGAUGCCUGUAAGUGGGAUGUCAUCAGGAGGGUCCUCCCACAGCAGUGAUAGGACAAGAGGCCUGAGAGGAGAAAACUUUGCAUGGGUCCCACAGCUUCUUUUGCUGCUGCCAGCUGGCUGACUACCCCUUGCCAGUAAAUUUGGGGGCUAGCACAAUUCAAAUAAAAAGCAAAAUCGGUCUGGAAAGUAAACAAAAUUAGGAAGGAGAAGCAAAACACUCUUCUCCCUGCAGAUUUUUCAAGGUACCUUGCAAAAACACCCGAGCCGAGAGCCAAUAAUCCAGGGUGUGUGACACAGCUGAGACAAAGUAGUUGUGUCAUCACUGUUUUCACACAUCUGUGUGGUAGACUUUUUUGCUAACAUAUGUUCUGUUAUUGUUGAAGAGAAAAAAAAAAAAAACAAAAACCAAUAAAAGAUGGUAUCUUCAGUACCUUUUCAAAGUAAAGGAGGGCCCGUAGAAAAAGAAACAAAACAUCUGUAUGACCCAGGUGUAUCACAUAUUUCCCUUCUGUUCCCAUGUCACUGGGGUUAAUGGGAUUUGUUUUCUUUGCUAUUCAGAUCUGGAGAACUCUUUUGGUUUGAUUUCCCUAUUGCUGUAUCUUCUAUGCAAUUCCUUUUCUAAAGACUGACUUACUACAGGAGAAGUGCUAGCCAUUGCAUUAUUUGUAUUGCUGUACAGUGGAGGUGUGGUUUACUAGUUCUGAGUGUGCCUCUUACCCCCCUCCCUUUUUUCUCCUUCCCUCUGUUUGUAAAUGCCUGCAUUUAUUCUGUCAGCCUGACAUGUACAAAGUGUAAGAAAGAAUUUUUAAACAGGUAAUAAAUUAUAUUUAUAAGCAACUGAAAAAAAAAAAUACGCAA